GUGGAUUGAUUCACAUUGCUUGAGUUGGUUUAUUUGUUUAAUGUUGACUAACCUUGAUUGGUUUUGUAGGUGGCUUUUAGCUCAUUUGAGUUAAGCUUGUGCAUUGUGCAAUGCUUGCUUGUUUGUUUGACUGUGUACAGUUGACUGUUGACAAUUCUGUUUAGUUCAUUUGAGUUGAAUACUGACUGUGUUGGAUUGUUUUCAGGUACAUUAGUUGCUUUAGUUCAUUGUGAACUUGCUUUUGCUUUGCUUGAUAGCUUAAGCAUUAAGGUUCAUUCAGGAGUUCUAUUCACUGAUAGAGAUGGCAACAGUCCCAGAGUUGAAGCGGAAGACUUGUUCCUACAUUUUUCACCGUGAGCCUUUGACGUCUCUGAUAGAGUUGAGCAACCUUGUGAUCAGUGGAAAUCAGAAGGGGUUCGUUGAUCGGUAUGGGGAUAUUCUGAUACUGUUGAGGAUGGUAGUUGAUCCGGUGCCAUUGCAGACUCUUCUACAGUUUUACGACCCAGAGCUUCGUUGUUUUACCUUUCAGGAUUAUCAGUUGGCGCCUACUCUUGAGGAGUAUUCCAUCUUGCUGAGUAUUCCUAUCCGGUAUCAGGUUCCUUUCUUGGAUGUGCCUAAAGAGGUUGAUUUCAGAGUUAUUUCUAGGGCUCUCCAUUUGGGUAUCAAGGAAGUCAGUGAUAAUUGGAGGUCCAGUGGGGAUGUUAUGGGUCUGCCUUUGAAGUUCCUGUUGAGGAUUGCCAGAGAAGAAGCAGAGAAGGGGAAUUGGGAAGCUUUUCAUGCUCAGUUAGCUGUUAUGAUCUAUGGGAUUGUCUUGUUCCCGAGUAUGCCCAACUUUGUGGACUAUGCGGCAGUCAUUAUCUUCAUUGGAGGAAAUCCAGUUCCUACUCUGUUAGCUCACACUUACUAUGCUAUCCACAGUAGGCAUGGUAAGGGUGGAGCUAUCAGAUGUUGCCUGCCACUUUUGCUCAGAUGGUUCUUGUCUCUCCUGCCAGUCAGUGGACCUUUUGUGGAUGCACAGAGCACUCAUAGGUGGACUCAGAGGGUUUUGUCUCUUACUUCAUAUGAUAUCAGAUGGCAGUCAUACCGGAUGGACGUGCGUGAUAUUAUUAUGAGUUGUGGAGAAUUCCGGAAUGUGCCACUUGUAGGGACUAAGGGUUGCAUCAGUUACAAUCUGGUUCUUUCUCUUCGCCAGUUGGGAUUCGUGAUGAGUGGAAGACCACUUGACGCUGAGAUAGCUGAGAGUGUAUACUUUGAGAAGCGAAGUGACCUUGUUAGCUUGGAGCGAGUGGGAAGAGCUUGGAAGUCUAUUAGUGUCAAAGAUGGAUCUGUCCUAGGGAAGAAGUUUGCCAUUGUUAUGCCUGACUACACCGAGUGGGUCAAGAAGAGAGUGGAAACUUUGUUGUUGCCCUAUGAUAGGAUGAAUCCUUUGCAAGUGCAACCACCUUUGAUUCUUGUUGAGAGUGUACCUGCUGAGCAGUACAAGCAAGCCUUGAUGGAUAAUCGCAGAUUGAGGGAGAAAGAGCAAGAUGCCCAGAUGGAGUUGUACCAAGCCAAAACUGAUAGGUUGAACCUGACUCAUCAACUCAGAGACAUCCAGAGUGUAGAUGUGAGUGGAGUAAGGAGCAAGAAGAGAUCUUAUGAAGAGAUGGAGAACUUGCUGAAUGCAGAGCACAAAGAGUGUUUGAGAUUGCAGAGAGCUGAGGCCAGUUAUCAGAAGAAGAUCAGAGACUUGGAGAAGCAACUCAGAGACAAAGAUAUCCAGUUGAAGAAGGAAAGUGACUUGAGACAUGCAUCAGAGAACCAACUUGGAGGAGAAGUUGUAGAGCUCAGAAGAUAGUUGAAGGAGAAGAUUACUCCCUUGCCAGAAUGUUCAGAGUGUGACCUGUUGAUAGACCAGUGUCACUACUUGAAGUCGCUCAUUCCUGGAAGUCGCUUGUCUUAGCUUGUAUUUCUGAUGUUUGUGUUGAGAAUCACCCCCAGGCUUGUUGGGUGGGAUUCAUUGUUGUACUUUGGUUUACUCUGGAUCUUCGUCGACAUUGUUGUAUGAUCCAUGUUGCUCAUAUAUAGAUGAGGUUGUUGGUUUCA